GAAGCCGGGCGGUGUGUGGGCUAACCCAACUUGUGUGGUUGGGGUCGUGUCCCGGUUGUGCGCUGUUGGUCUGUGUGCUAGGGGGGAGGGGUGUGUGGCUCUGCUAACAGCGUAGCUCAGCGGCGCGGCAGCAGCAGCGGCGGCGGCGGCGAGAGGGAUCAGGGAGCAGGUGCACCUGAAGAAUGGAUGAUGAUGAUUUUGGUGGUUUUGAGGCUGCAGAGAUUUUUGAUAGUGGAAGCGGUGAAACCCAAACUACAUCUCCUGCUAUUCCUUGGGCUGCUUUUCCUACAGUAUCUGCAGUCCACCUUUCUCCAGCGUCUCCUGCGAUUGUACUGGACCAUGACCACUCUCCUCCUCCAGUUGGCUGUCUCUCUUCUGAGCCCGUUUCAUCGCCAGAGAUCACACAUGCAGACAACAGCAUUGUCAGUCAGACAGCUCCUAAAACACAGAUUCAGCAAUCAACACACACUGAUCUGGAUAUCUCACUUUUUCCAUUGGGUUUAACUGAUGAGAAAAGUAAUGGAACAAUUGCUCUUGUGGAUGAUUCUGAGGAUCCUGGAGCCAAUGUAUCAAACAUACAGCUUCAGCAGAAAAUUUCAAGUCUGGAGAUUAAACUCAAAGUUUCCGAAGAAGAAAAACAGAGAAUUAAAAAGGAUGUGGAAUUGUUGAUAGAAAAACAUAGUGUCUUGGAAAAAGAUUUCCUUAAAGAAAAAGAGCAAGAGGCCAUUUCUUUUCAAGAUAGAUACAAAGAACUUCAGGAAAAACAUAAACAAGAAUUGGAAGACAUGAGGAAAGCUGGUCAUGAAGCCCUCAGCAUUAUUGUGGAUGAAUAUAAGGCACUACUGCAGUCUUCAGUUAAGCAACAAGUAGAAGCUAUUGAAAAACAGUACUUUUCUGCACUAGAGAAACAAGCACACAAGUGUGAGGAGUUGUUAAAUGCUCAGCAUCAGAGGCUCCUUGAAGUACUAGAUACAGAGAAGGACCUGUUAAAAGAAAAAAUAAAGGAAGCUUUGACUCAGCAAUCUCAAGAACAGAAGGAAAUAUUAGAAAGAUGUUUGGAGGAAGAAAGGCAAAGAAAUAAAGAGAUCUUAGCAUCUGCUGCAAAGCUGGAGAAAGAAGCAGUGACAGAUGAAGUUUUAAAAGCCGUAGAAGAAGAAAGAAAAAAAUGGGAAAAAGCUCAUGCUGAGGAACAGGAAUUCUGGAAGGCUGAACUUGCAAAAGAUCAAGAAAAAGUAUCUCAGGCAAUUCAAAAAGCCUUACAAGAACAAAGAAAAAUUAGUCAGGAAACUGUUAAGGCAGCAAUAGCAGAGGAGCAAAAGCAAAGUGAAAAAGCUGUGGAAGAGGCUGUGAAAAGAGCAAGAGAUGAAUUGAUAGAGUAUGUGAAAGAACAGAAAAGGCUUGACCAAGUCAUCCGCCAAAGAAGCCUGUCCAGUUUGGAAUUGUUCCUCUCCUGUGCUCAGAAACAGUUAAGUGCUUUGAUAGCUACGGAACCAGCUGACAUUGAAUAAAAAGAACAUGACAAGCUAACCCACACUGGCAACGGAUAAAUCAGUAGACCUCUAAAAUACAUGCUGUGAAUUAUAAAAAUGCUUUUGUUUUAUUUCCAAAUCUUGGAUAAUUAAUUUUCACUUCAAGGAUAAACCAAAACAAUAUUUAGAACUAUCAGGAGAUCUAAUUUAUUUUCUUUUGUUUUCUCCUUUAUAUUUACUAUUAUUCUAGUAGUAGUAAUUGUAAUAGGGGUAGCAGCAGCAGCAACAGCAGCAAAAAGUAUGACGUGACUCAGAAGUCUUUGAAAAUUGCCACAUUGCCAAAAGUUAAUUAGGUAAACCUUAUAGCCUCUGGUGGCCUGUUAUAUUGUAUUUGGCAAAAGUAGUAAAUAUCUUUACUUAUUGCUUGACAGGGACUCUUGAUAAGAUUUUAGUAAAAUGUAAUCAUUUUAUAAUUUACUUGAUAAGAUACAAGUAAAAUGUAAUCAUACAUUUACUUGAUUUUGAGGAUAAAAACAGCAUGGAUUUCAGUAUCUCCUGGUAUAACCACACUUUUUUUCUGUAGUGGGAUCUAUUUUGAUUGGUAACACUGAAAACACUAAAGAUUAUGAUAUUAAUUCAGCUUUUAUCACUUAAAGGAGUAUGUGUGCAAUAUAUGCUUAUCUCCUAUUUCUGUUCUUCAAAAUCACUAUAAAUGAAUAAAGUCAUUUUUUAAAUAAAUCAUGGCAUGAACUUAAUCUCUAGAAAGGGAAUGUAACUUAACCAUUUAUAUGAAGUCAGGCUCAUAUAAGAAUAUGAAAUUCUUUCUCAGAAUUUCAGAAUGUACUUAAUUCAUGAGCAGUGUGCUUCAAUGCAAAAUUAUAAGUUUUUUUAAAUAUCAAAACUAAAUGUUGUCAUUAAAAUUAUGUAAACAUUUUGUCUUGUUUUCUGAAAUGCUUUUACUUUCAUGGGCUUUGUACUUUUCUGGG